UCAGUUUUCAUAAUGCUGUUACUUGUGUUAUCCUUCGCUUUGCUGCAAUUGACAGUACAGACGGCUGGAACUUGCAUUCCGUUUCCAGUUUAUGUUAAGAAGCUUGCAUCAUGUUGCAAUUUGAUUACUGCCAAUACUGAUGGAAUUCCGGAAAAAUGUUUCGACUUGUAUCCUACAGUUACAGCAGAGCAAUCCACUGCAGAAUUUUUAAAAGGGCUCACGUGUUUUUUCGAGUGUCUCGAUGAAGCAAAACAGGUAACCAAUAACAAGGAAAUUCUUAUGGAUAAUGUGAAAACAAUGGCACAAUCUCUGGCCGUGAACGUUCGGGAUAAAUUUGUUCAAUCUUAUGAAGAUUGCAAGUCGGGUGUGGGUGACUUCACGACCUAUUUCCAAAGUUUACAACCUUCUUGCCAAUCUUUUGCUAUGGAACUGGAGUUUUGUGCAACUGCUGCCUUACAAAAAAGAUGUCCGAACGAAGAUUUUCAAACAGAUGAUAAUGAAUGUCAACAGAUAAAACAAGGCGCCAUGCCUUGUGCUUUUACUUAGAAUCCGUUCAUUUCUAUAACAUCACAACUUUACGUCACCAUUGAACCAGUUGAUACACAUUUAACAGCACAAGAGUAAUCCUUUUCCGUACCUAAUUAUAUGAAACACAAGAAUGAACUAUUGUCUAACAUUUCUAAUUGUUUGAAUUACAUUGAAAAGUUUGUGUGGUAAUCAGUA